CAUCGCCUUGCAGAUCCAUUCUUGCCUCAGACGUGAAUACACCUCGACUUUGCCGCAUUAUGAAUUGGUCCCGAAUGCUAUUUUAAUACAGGCCGACAGUCUCAGAAGUAUCUGCACCAAGGCCGUCGCACUUAAAGCCUGCUAUUGAAUUUUAUGAUUCAAAGGGCCUUUUAUCGGACAUCAUGACUUUGAGAUGGAUGCGUGUUCCAUCGUCCUCCUUCAAGCUCUUGAUGGUGUCAGCUCUAUUCUACAUCAUUUUUGACUACCUCAAGAUCCGUCCCAAUCCGUUCACACCUAUGCUGUUCAUCUCGUAUCCGAUAUCCGAGUCCGCCGUGGAUGAUGUACGCUAUGCGAAGGGCUGGCUGGACCUCGUGUUCAUUGCAUACCAUAUUAUCGUCUUCUCCUUCAUUCGUCAGUUCGUCUUGCUUAAAAUCAUCAGGCCGAUGGCCGUUCGAUUGGGUAUCAGAAAGGAGGCAAAACUUGAUAGAUUCGGUGAACAAGCGUAUGCGAUGUUGUACUAUGGUGCUAUGGGAUUCUGGGGGAUGCACAUCAUGGCAAGCCUUCCUACUUGGUGGUAUCGAACAGAGUAUUACUGGAUAGACUACCCUCAUUGGGACAUGAAACCCCGACUAAAACGGUACUAUCUAAUGCAUCUAUCUUAUUGGAUCCAGCAACUUCUUGUUCUUGCUCUAAAAUUGGAAAAACCACGCAAGGACUUCAAGGCACUUGUCGCCCAUCAUUUAGUAACUCUUUGGCUAAUUGGAUGGAGCUAUGGAAUUAACCUGACUCUUAUCGGCAACGCGGUGUUUGUCAGCAUGGACAUCCCGGACACAUUCCUAGCUUUUUCUCAACUCUGCAAUAAACUCAACUUAUUACGAACCAAAAUUAUUGCACUUAUGGUCUUUUUAAUUAUUUGGACCUAUUUCCGUCUCUGGAUGAACAUGAUCAUACUUUACUCCGUCUGGACACAGUUCGAUUUCAUUCCCGAAUCAUCUAAACGAUGGUCCCCUCCGGAUGGCGUCUGGAUGGUUUGGUGGAUGAAAUACCAGAUUUUCGUACCCCUUCUCCUCUUGCUAUUCCUUAACUUCUUCUGGUACUACCUCAUUCUCCGAAUUGCUUACCGGGCUGCGCAGUCGGGUAACACAACCGAUGAUAGAAGUGAUGACGAAGAUGAUGGACAAGGCGAAAAGGAUGAGUGAGUUUAUUUGGAUUGAAGGAUGUGGAUUGGAGUAUGCUAUACGCGUUGUGUUGCAUAGUUGAUGUUGUACUUCACAUCUGCUAAACAUUUCCCUAAUGUAGUCGCGGG